CAGUCGCAGUGGUAACACGAGCGAGAGGGUAGUUGCACGCGCCUGCCUUCGAAAGGAAAGAUCGCGGUAAGGGGGAGAGAGCAAGAGAGAACGCAAGUGAGCGGGCAAGAUAAAGAGAGAAAAAAGGAACGAAAGAGAGAGCGCGGCGCCCCUUGCCUCCGUUUUCAGUGCUUCAGUCGCGCGACGACGCUCUCGGACGCUUUAGUCAGUCGGUCGGUGACGCACCUCCCAAACGUGAUACACGCGCCGUUACGUUACGUUACGUUAGGUCGUUCCGUCGAAGGGGAGAACGAGAGCGAACGAAACGGGGAGAGAAACACCGAAAGGAGUAGACGAACGAACGAAAUAAUAUUGUAUCGGUAAAAAACAGAUACGCGAACAAAAAAGAAAUAAAAAAAGAAACACGAACAUCGCGAGCGACGAUUUUGACGGCUUCAAGUCGCGCUCCUAAAUAACACGAAUCUCAAACGAACACACAGUUCCAACCAGUGCGAAUAUCGAGAAGGCCACUUUCGUAGCACGGCUUUUGCACGCGGUGAAAGAAAGCGCGCGAGUGAGAGAGAGACUGAACGACGAGAAAAAGACGUGCUGAUUGUGGACACGAGAUUACGACGAGUAGUAGCCCACACGUUUCCAGUGUACGAAUAACACUCACGCUGUGCGUUGCUCGUACACACGCACGGCACAGAGGACCCGGACGAAAAAGGCAGAAGACGAAGAAAACGAUCACCGGCGAGGCGACGAUUUUAUUUUUGUACGGUGCAUCGUUGUUUUUCCUACGAACAUUAUACGCUUCGUGACCGCGUACGAGAGAAGAGUAGAUCGCCCGAUUUUCUUGGUGUAGCAGCCACUAUAGUCCUCGUCCUAAAUAAUACAGUGUGUGUAGUGUGCACGCGCGCGCGCUUAUGUUUCGUUGUUUUUCGAUCGUUUCGAGUUAGGCUCUGUCUACGAGGAACCCGUCUCUGAUCAACAUCAUUCGGCCAUUACUCUACAAUUCUACUCAUAAUAAAGUAUUACGGAGAAAAGGAAAUAGGGAAAGAAAGGAAAGACACGGGCUGUGAAGAAAGAACUGAGACUAUAUCAUAAUCGAAAUAGUGAAAAAUCGGUGAAUAAAGAAACUGUGAUUUAUACUAUCUGUGCAAACGGUAUCAACGUACAAUUAACUUCAUCGGUGCGACACAACGCGAUUACUUUAGUCGAGCAACAUGCCAACAAGUUUGUUCAGCGAAAUGGAUCGUGGGGCGAAUGGCGGUGGCACUGCUUCCCUCGAGGAUCAACGAGCCCUGCAAUUGGCAUUAGAGUUAUCUAUGCUCGGUCUCGAAGGUACUCCCGGAUGCCCGGGCACUGGCACAGGAACCGGCACCGGAACGACCAACGAUCCGGAUCCUUUGCAAACGACACCAGCAGGCGUUUUCGAGGAAGCACGUUCUAAGAAGAGCCAGAACAUGACCGAAUGCGUGCCGGUACCUAGCAGCGAGCACGUGGCAGAGAUCGUCGGCCGACAAGGUUGUAAAAUCAAAGCACUGCGGGCGAAGACCAACACUUACAUCAAGACCCCUGUGCGUGGCGAGGAGCCGGUGUUCGUGGUAACCGGACGUAAGGAGGAUGUGGCGCGUGCAAAGCGCGAGAUCCUGUCAGCCGCGGAGCAUUUCUCUCAGAUCCGCGCGUCGCGCAAGAGCUCGUUGGGCGCGUUGUUGGGCGCACCUCCUGGACCACCAGCGUCCGUACCAGGCCACGUGACGAUUCAGGUACGAGUCCCGUACAGAGUAGUGGGCCUGGUGGUAGGACCGAAAGGCGCGACCAUCAAGAGAAUCCAGCAUCAAACGCAUACCUACAUAGUAACGCCCAGUCGUGACAAGGAGCCUGUGUUCGAGGUGACCGGACUACCCGAAAGCGUGGAGGCUGCGAGACGCGAGAUCGAGGCACACAUAGCACUUAGAACCGGCACAGGAACGACCCUCGACGAUUCGGAACUGCUAAGCGUGCUCUGUCGCGGUGGCUUGGGCUCGAUCCUUGGUUGCCUCGAUCCACCAGGCUCGAACGGUUCGAACGGAUCAAGCGGAGCAUUUUCCAGCAGCGGAAGUUGCAGCAGCUCGUCUAGUAGUUCCGGUGCACCUGGGUUAAACGAUCUGGUGGCGAUUUGGGGAGCCGGUAUGGAAAGGGACGAAGGACUAGGCGAGUCGCCAUCGUUCGAGUCCCAGACAGCGUCCGCCUCUUCGAUUUGGUCGUUCCCGGGCGUUCCGUUGCCCUCGAGGCCAUCACCGCCGGCGUCAGCGAGUCCGACGUCACCUACGGAUUCACUGUUAGGCGGUGGACGACGAGAAUGCGUGGUGUGCGGCGACAAGGAGGUCACCGCUGCUCUCGUACCAUGCGGACACAAUCAUUUUUGCCUGGACUGCGGCAACCGGGUCUGCGAGAGUUCGGAUCCUAGCUGCCCCAUCUGCUCCAGGCCCGUCUUACAAGCGCUACGCAUCUUCUCUUAAGCACCGAUCAAAGCCAGCAGAGAUCCUACAGACUCCUGGUACAGCGGCUGUAACACCGAUUCUCACCAUUAACAAACAUCUGCUCUUCAAUUUUUGGCGGCUCAUCCAGGAACGACGGCGCUGGAGAACGCCCACCCCGAAUUUUUCCGUAUAUUAAAAGCCUCGUGUUCCCCCGUUCGUUACGACUACGGCCGUGAGAUUUCGCGUCGACAACGGGGGAGCGGACGCGCACAAUGUCUCAAUUCCACUGCUGCCAAUAAUCUCUUCUACGCGCCGGGAAUGCCCUGAUAUAAAUGCUAACUUGUCGCGUCGUUCCCGCCGACCGAAUACAACGAAGUCAGCUUUUAAGUUCUACAAGAAUAUAUAGAACGAGAGAGAGGGAGAGAAAGAGAGAUUAAAAAGAAAGAUAACAUACUCGCUCAUUCAUUGUCAUCGUUUUCAUACUUUUACCCUCGGUAUAUAACGUAAAGUGUAGUAGAUAUCCUGGCUCGCAGGUUUAUGCACAAGAUCAACACGUCGAAUGAAUGGCGUCGGAGCUGACGCGUGAUUGAGAGCAAUGAGUGACACACUCGGUUCUCUGUGUUCGUAUCAUGGUGGACGUCACAUGUUUCUGUUACGUGAAAGAAGGACGAUUCGUUUGGCUUUGCCGCUUAUGGGGUUGCCUUCGAACUAUCGGGAAAAAGUUUGACGCGCACGGUUCGAUACCUUCGUAGUAACGAGACUGUUGACCACCGAGAUGUUACUUUGCUCGGAUAAAAUACGAAUUAGUAUUGAAGGUAGUGCGUUUCAUAUCGAUUGCAAUAACAUUCCAUUCGCUGAUUGUAUUCACGUCACGGUAUAUUCUCGUAUUUUUCUACAAAUUCUUUUCGAAUCGAAGGCAGUCUAGAUAAUGGAAUGGAACGAAUUAAUCGAAUCAAUCGAAUCUCCAUCGACAACAUUUUAAUUAGCGUAGACGUUAUUUUUUUAUAUAAUUGACAAUCCACGAACGAGAGUCAGCACUCUUCAGUAAUGCGUGCGAGAACGAAACAUUCAUAGUUUUUGAAUAUUUUUGUAUGUUGUCCUUCUUUCACGUAUCGAUGCAUGGAACGAUUGAAACCGUAAUUGCCAUUGCGUUAUUCUCCGCGAAACAUUAUAAAACACUAUAUCAAAGGUGCUUGCAAACACUGAGAAAUAAAGUUUUUACGAAUUCUAUAUUUUUAUUUAGGAAGCGUACCAAUCAUCGUAAACGUCCUAUUUAUCGUUCUGAACGUUUUAUGGAAAUUACGAGUUUCGAUUUCCAUCAGCCAUGAUUUGGCUUUUGAAUAGCUAAAAGCGCAGUUGCGGUGGUGUUCAUUCGCUCUCUCGAUCGCUACGCUCUUCGCGUCUUUUGCGAUCACGUGAUUGCUAGUUCAAAGAUGGAGACGUAAGAACAGCUGAUAAUAUAAAAACGAGAUGAUUUUGAAAAAAAAAAAAAAAAAAAAAAAAAAAAAAAGAAAGGAA